AUGCAGUCAAUAUAUCUGACGUCAAUAUUUAUAACACUAUGUGCUACAACGAAGUAUGUGAAGCAAACGCAAAAGAACCUGACCACGAUGUUCCGAGACGAACAGAUAAUUUUCUCAUCAAACUUCAAUAUUACUAAACUCCUAGUCCCUGCUGACGGCCAGAAAUAUCUUCAAGCAGAAUCUUCAGACAUCCCAUCAAUCUUCUUUACCGUCACAGACCCAAAAUCAGAAGGAGGAAGCUGUAUCUACGUUCUAGAAGGCUUCGCAGCUUACGAAAUCCUAGACGGAGGUAGAGAUUCCACAGCAGACUACAGUUUUGAGAAGACCAUAUAUUUCGGUGCUAAAGACGGCCUAUACAAAUAUCAUCCAGACACUUUAUCAGCAAAAAAGUUUGGCCCGUUUAGAGAUGAUAUUAUUCAGCUACAGAAAGCUAAUGGAAGUGAUACCAUUUAUAUACUUAACAGUGAAAAUAAAAUUUAUAAAAUAGAAAAGAAUGGGACGGUUAAAACGAGGAUGCAAUCCAUUGGCUGUGCUAUAGAAUUUGUUCUAGAUACUUCUAAUAAUAUCUAUUACGUGUCCUGUGGGGAUAGAAUGCCUCAUAUAAUCAAAAAUGAUGGCAAUGUCCUCAGUCUCACAGCUAGCGUUAUUGAAGAUUUCAAGGAGAUAAAACUGCUAAGACCUGCUUUCAUAAUGGAGAAUUGCAUUCCAUUCUUUGGUGACGGAAACUUGUACAUCUUAUAUUCAAAUGGUACUUAUGAGAAAAAAGAUUUAACGAUUAAAGAAAAGCCUUCAGCGUUUAGUGUGGAUGCGGCCUUAUAUCUAGUAGCAGCUGUGAAUGGAAAAAUUUAUGAAUUUAAUGUAAUGGAAGUUUUAAUCAGAUCAAUGUUUGGUGUCGCUACGGAAUGGCCGAAGGAUGUAACCAAGAUCAUCAUGUCGAUCAUAGAUACAGCGAAAGACAGUAUAUUUGGAUUUUCUAAAGACGGAUAG